AUGGCGUCCCUCUCGCAGUCGCUCGCCGUCUCGUCUGCUAUCCGCCAGCGAUCCGCCGCGAUGCCUCUGCGUCUCAGCUCAUCACAAUGCAUUUUCGCGUCCAGGGCAUGCAGGUCCCUGUCGACGAAAUGUUAUCGGUCUAGCCCGUCUCCGUCUCAAUAUUAUCCCCGAUCCCCCAUUACACCUCAUUGCCCCCAGCAGACGCGAGGCUUCCUCACCCAACUGAAGCGCCAAUCGCAGACUCUGAAGGAGGGUAUUGCACCGUCUUCCGCUUCGAGUCUUCAGGAAGCCCCCCUUCAAUUGACAAAUCUUCCGUACUUUGUUCGUCGAACUGCAUCAAACCAACUUCCUGUCUACCUUGUCACAAAAGCAGGUGGUACCAAGCAACAAACCAAGAUUCAGAAGACUGAGGGCGAUCUUGAGGCAUUGCGGGAUGAUCUAGCACGUGCCCUAGGGCUGGACUCGGGAUCGAAAAAGGGCUCUGAUGUGACCAUCAACCGAUUGAACGGGCAUAUCAUUGUUAAGGGCUGGCGAAAACCCGAGAUCCAAAAGUUUCUUGAGGACCGUAACUUCUAAUCAAAAACCAACACUUGCACAAAACCCAAUCAAUGUCUCUUCUACCAAGCCUCUCUUCCU